UCUAUCCCAUCGGAAAUCGAGUAGCGGUGGUGGGAACAAUCGUGUCACGCUUGCGCCUCGCGUGAGAAUCCGGAAGUUGUGAACUAAUCGAACUUUUGAUGCAAUUGCUAGAAAUUCCUUGGCAGGUUUAUCGUGAAUGGUCGUGAGGGUUAUCUCAUGUUCGAUAGUACCUGUCAUUGUGAAAAAGAUAAAAUAAUUAAUAAUAUUAUAAUAUCGUAUAAAUGCGAGCGGCAACGAAAAUGGACUUGAGUUGUCGAAAUUCUAACACAAGUGUUGAUGACUUGCUUAGACAAUUGAAUACAGCUAGACAAGAAAUUAAUAAUCUGAGACAACAAGUGAAAAGCCUAAGGUAUAUACACGAUAAGGAUGUUGAUAACAUCAAACGCCUAUUAAAAGUACAAAAACAUGAAGAAACCCUUCCACAGUCCAAAUUAAUUUCUUCAGAAGAAGAAAAGCCUGGCACAAGUGAAGAUCAAGAUACUCUUAAGUUAAAACCUAUUGGUGUCAUUUCUACCUGCUUCCCAAAUAAAAGAGCAACUCCAAGACAACCUGGUGUCUGUGCAAAAGUAUCCGGAAAGCUGAUACUUUACAACUCUGUAUUUACAAAUCCAGAUCAUGCUUUACAAGGCUUGCAGGAUUUUUCUCAUAUGUGGAUUUUAUUUUAUUUUCAUAGAAAUGAUUCAACACACACACGUGCAAAGGUAGCACCACCAAGAUUGAAUGGAAUAAGAACUGGUGUAUUUUCCACACGUUCUCCACAUCGACCAUGCCCUAUUGGUCUUAGUUUGGUUAAGAUACAAAAAAUUGAAGAUUAUACGAUUUAUUUUGAAGGCGUCGAUAUGAUCAAUCAGACCCCUGUUAUAGAUAUAAAACCAUAUAUACCACAGUAUGAUAGUCCCUUACAUAUCGAAAAACUAGGUAGUAGGAUAAGAGAGAAUAACGUAAAUGCUUCAAGUGCAUUUCACAACAUGGAAGAAACCUUGAAUUUGAGCGAGGGCGAAUCACUUGACUCUUUUAAUAAUGAUACAGACAUUAAUAACGACGAACAAACUGAGCUUGAUAUUUCCAGAGAUGAAGAAAUAGCUUUAAGACUCCAAGUAGAAGAGUUUCAAGCUUAUCCAAAUCUUAAUGGCUAUGAUAUCACUAGACAACAAUCUUCCCAAUUGGCAGAAGCUCAUGCUAAUACAUCGUUACAAAAUGACAUGAAUGUAGAUGUACAUAGAGGAGCAUAUUUUAUUCGAAAUAGAGUAUCUAACGCAAGAUCAGACUUGAAUACAUCCAUUGAACAUAACACAACCUUGAUAACUGAUUCGCAAACAGACUCGAUUAGUGAUUUAAAUAGUAGCUUACACAGAAUGGAUAUAAAUAAUUCCAGUAAUGUGGAUUCAACGCGUACAGAAACAGAUAAUGAUAAUGAAAUGAGUUAUACUGAGAACCAAACAUUACGCAAUUCGAGACUAUUAGACGGAGCCGAUGGACCGAGCACAGUAUGCGGUACCGAUAUGGAUUUAGUCAACCGUCAUGUAUUACAUGCAAGAGUUGAUAAUUCUCCUGUAAGAAUGGGAAUACGCGAAGCACCCGACGGAGAAGAAGGUCUCGAGUCUCAAAUUUUGACGCCCUCGCGCACUUUACCGGAUAUUCACGCUGCGACAGUUAUGUCAUCUGCGUCAAUGAAUGCAGCGACGGAGAGUAAUUUUUCCGAGAUAAGAGUACCCGAUUGGAUUUCGCAACCUCGUACAGCAACGUUGUCCGUGAUUUUCAACGAACGCGCUUUGAUGCAACUAAAUGAAAUUUUAGAUGAUAAAGUUGAGGAGCAAAAACAAGCUAUAGAAAAUGUACUGAGGGAAGAUCCUAGGUCAGUGUAUUUAAGACAAAGAUGGGGAGGCAAUCAAUUCUAUACUUUUUUGAUACACGAUCUGCAUAUCACGUGCAAAUUUGACGAUAGCAGAGGUAUUGUUACUGUAUUUCAAGUUCGACAUGCAGGUCGUACCUGCGAUUGCGGUGAACCUGAAUGGCAAUGCUUAGGACACUCUCCUUUAUCUUAAUGUGCUAUAUUAAUGGAUUUGAAAAGUGAAAAAUAUAAAGACAUUAAAAACGAGAAA